CCUCUGCUUCUUCAACCCCCAAUCAUCCCCUUUUCCUUCCAAUUUCUUUGCCAUUUUCCUCUUGGAAUUUGGCACGAAAUCUCACCAUUUUUACAUCAGAUUGUCCAAGGAAAGGUUCUGCAUUGAAGAACCCAUCAUUUUUUUCGUUCGUCGUUCUUCCUCUGUCUUCUCCUUCAGAGUUCGAUUUAAUCCGCAUGUUGAAUUAAAAAGAACCGCGAGAGCAAUUUUAAUACCCGGAAUGCUGGUUUCCUCGUGACUCUUCUUACAUUUCUUGUAAAUAAUUGUACAUAAGCAAAUUGAUCAGGCAGAUGAGUUUCUAGCAAAGUGAUUUCAGUAUAAAUUAAUUUUACCUUUUUUGAUUUCAAAGUUGGGGGAAACAAAUCUUCUGGGUGGGGGAAUUUAUUGAUUUUUAUUUUAUUUAGAAAUGAGUUGCUUUUCUUGUUUUUCGUCCCACGAGAAGAAAGCGCGGCGGCGGAGCAGCAGCACAAGAAAAGAGCAGCUGCCAUCGGCUCCUCCGCCGCACCGCCAGCCUGCAACGCAACCUCCGGCACGGCCUGAAAUUUACUAUAAAGCAAGGACAGCAAGUGAAGCAACUCCAACAACAUAUAAUAACAACAACAAUAACAAUUGCAGCAGAGAAAACAAUGGCCCAAAAGAGAAUGGCAACAACAACAUUGCUUCCCAAACCUUCACAUUCAGGGAGCUCGCAACGGCUACGAAGAACUUCAGGCAAGAAUGCCUCAUCGGAGAAGGUGGGUUUGGUAGGGUUUACAAAGGACGGCUCGAAAAGCAGGGGCAGGAUGCAGCAAUAAAGCAACUCGACCGGAACGGUUUGCAAGGAAACAGAGAGUUUCUUGUUGAAGUACUGAUGUUGAGCCUGUUACACCACGAAAAUCUUGUGAACUUAAUCGGAUAUUGCGCUGAUGGAGAUCAGAGACUUCUGGUGUAUGAGUACAUGCCCCUCGGAUCCUUGGAAGACCACCUUCUCGAUCUUGCGCCGCAUCAGAAGCCGUUGGACUGGUUUACGAGGAUGAAGAUAGCCCUGGGAGCUGCCAAGGGCCUCGAGUAUCUCCACGACAAGGCUAACCCGCCAGUCAUUUACAGAGACCUCAAGUCGUCCAACAUCUUGCUGGAUUCGAACUUCAACGCGAAGUUAUCAGACUUUGGGCUCGCCAAGCUCGGGCCGAUAGGGGACAAGACCCAUGUUUCCUCUAGGGUCAUGGGGACCUACGGGUACUGCGCUCCGGAGUACCAGCGGACCGGGCAGCUUACUGUCAAGUCCGACGUGUACAGCUUCGGGGUUGUUGUGCUGGAGUUGAUCACUGGGAGGAGAGCAAUUGACACCACAAGGCCUACAGAAGAGCAAAACCUUGUCACAUGGGCUCUACCAAUAGUCAAGGAUCCACAUAGAUAUACAGAGCUUGCAGAUCCACUCCUCAACAACGAUUACCCGAGGAGAGGCUUAAAUCAAGCCGUUGCAGUGGCCGCAAUGUGCCUGAAUGAGGAGCCCUCGGCCCGGCCAUUAAUGAGUGAUGUCGUGACCGCUCUCAGCUUCCUCUGGCUGGGACCUGGGACAGCCAACCCGACUGUUUCUGCAGACCCUCCACUGUCUAGUCAGAAUGCAGGAACGGAUAGCCAUGAUCGCAACGAGAGCGGUGAUGACCGUGAGAGGGAGGUGGCAGAGGCCAUGGAGUGGGGCGCAAACUCAAGAUACAAUAACUUGUGAUAAUAGGAGCUAAGUUCCUCAUCAUACGAAGGCUGUUAAGAGAAACAUAUACCAUGAUGUUAGCACUCAGACGUUUCAUAUUCUUUUCUGCAUAUCUGAAACUCGACGGGAUCGGGAAGAUUUAUGCUGUGAGAUUGAUUCCUUUACUUACAUUAUUCGUAUUGUUACUCAUAA